AUGUCCUCCCAACAAAGUAUGAGCAGGAACCCCUCAAGCUCGCCCUUUAGCAACCAAGACUCGUUCAAUAACGACAUCGACUCUUGGAUUAAUUACGACGGUGCCUUUACAUCUCCCUCACCUACCCUGCCCCAAGUCUCGUUUUCGUCACAGACUUCGUCCAGUUUGAACCAGACUUCCAACACCCACUCGGCUACCGGCUUCUCUGGCCCUAGUCAUCAGUACGACCGUCACCCACAACAAACAGGAAGUCUUCCUGUAGACGCUGGUUAUUAUAGAGACCUCCUGCCUUCUUCAACAUCGAUGUCACCAGAUACGAACUCCUACAUGUUUGGCAACGACUACCUCUCUCCUUCCAGCAAUGACAUGAUGCCUUCAUAUGGCAACUCGUCUACAGACUUUGUAAACCCUGGCACCAUCUCGCCCUUCGAUGCACUAGAAACCUCAGUGAAGUCAGAGGUGGGUUUGGUAUCUGCACCACCGCCAGUCCCCGCGGUUGCGCCUAUGGCUACGGCCGGGAGGUACUACCCUGGGAUUCAUCAGCAGCAGGCUGUCUUCCAACAGCAACAGAUGUGGCUUCAGCAGAAGGCUCAGGCGAAGAUGGCUUCACCAAACAGUGUCGAGGAAAGUGUGGAGAAGAUUAUGAAUUCGCUUAGAAUUCAAAAGGCAUCGACUUCGGCUCGUUCACCUUCUGUGCUACCUAAUAUUCCCAAGUUGAAGAAGAAGGAUGAGGACGAGAUGGAUGAGGAUGAGAGACUGCUUGCAAGUGAGGAAGGAAAGAAAUUGACGAGCAAGGAGAGGAGACAGCUGAGGAACAAAGUCUCAGCCCGCGCAUUCAGGAGCAGGAGGAAGGGUUACAUUAUGGAUUUGGAGGAGGAAAUUAGAAAGUGCAAAGACGAAAACCUCGAGAUGCAGAACGAGAAUGCUAGGCUGAGAGAGGAGAACGCCAAGAUCAGUGAAUUCACGAAGACACUUCUUGGUUCACCUGCAUUCUCGGCAUACCUUGCUGCAACCAUCGAAUCUGGAACCGUUGCUGCCACCCCAGCCCCAGAAAUGACCGCAUCUACACCAAUGCCCGAACCCGUUCGAUCUACCCGCAAAGACAUCAACCCUAAUGUUGCUGUCUCUGAGGACUCUUGGCCUUUGGCAUAUCCAUGGGGAGGAAGCUCAUCUACAGUGUUUGCCGUUACCUCGCUCCCAGAGGGUCCAAGCAUUCAAGACUUGAGUGGAAAGGUUAAUUCUGAUUUUGAUGAUUCAUUCGCCGAGAAUAAACUCAAUCCGCUUCCCCACGUUGCUGAUGGCUUCUGCCCAUUCCCCCGCAACGCGAAUAACUUUGUCAACAACAAUUAUAACUGGGAUGAUGAUGAAUAUGAAGCACCUGAGGACCUCAUGGAUGCCUACGAGGAGGAGUGGGGCGUUCCUGCUCCUAAGGAGUCUAAGGAGGUGGAAGAGUCCAAGUCGCUGGAUGAGCUCUUCCCCGGACAAGGGGUGAACACUCUACUUGAGAGACUUGAAAUGAUUGUAGGAGGUCAAGCCAAGCCAGAAGACUUCUUCGAGGAGGCCACCCCAGCCCCGGCGCCGGAAGCUGUUGAGCAGAUUGGCCAGAACAUUGAGAAGGUCGUUGAGGCGAACGGGAUGUUGGACGCGGUUGAGGGUGUGUACCGAAGGGUUGGAUUGUUAGUCGGAUCAUAG